CAUUGUGUAGCUGAGGUCAUGUUUGUGAGCGCUCGUCGUGCUGUGUGUGGGUGGGAUUUCACCACAGGAUUUCACUCACGUUGCUGCGGAUACUUGAGUCGAGCAGCAACAGUCCGAAAAGUGGAGGCACAUGAUUUCACUGUCUCCUCUGACUGUCAUGGAGUCUCUGAAGAAAACCCGUCCACGACCAGUGUUGUUCUGUGUUUUUGUGUUGUGUAUCCAGCUGCAGCUGGGUUUGACAGGAGACUGCCCUGCAGACGGACGCACCUGGGUGCCAUUUGGAGACAGAUGUUACCACUUUGUCCACGGAGAAGAGGAUAAAGCCAAAAUCUACUCUCUUGAGAGUGCAAAAACUCUCUGCCAAGGAUUUGAACUGUUGAGCGUCCAGAGUGCAGAGGAGAAUGACUUUAUCAUCAGUUAUAGCCCAGAUGUGUGGAAAGGUGUUGUCAAUGUGUGGCUGGGGAUGUAUUAUGACACAAACAGUGAAGACAUGAAGUGGUUUGGUGACAGCCCGGUGCAGUUUACUAACUGGGUGGACAGCACUUCUCCGUCAGACCUGGUGCCCAUGGAUACAUGCGUGGCUCUAAACAGCAAGACGGGAAAGUGGGAAAAUGUCAGCUGUCUGGAUGAAGUGGAGAAUGGAGUGAUUUGUGAAACAAAUCAGAAAGCAGAGGAAGCCAAACCAAAGCCCAGCCCGCUGCUGUCCGCGCUGGUCAUUCUCAGCGUGGUGGCUAUCGUGGGAGUCUCUGCAGUUAUUUGGUUCCUGCACCAGAAGCACAGUCUUGGCUCCACAAUAGUCACGGCGUUCGAGUACCACCCUCCAUUCCGAGUCCUGGACACGGACCAGUCCUGCUUGGUGGAGGCUGAGGAGACUGACAGCGUGCCAUAGGAGAACUUUACUCACUCUGGAGGGAAACAAAAGCCCCCCCUUUACUAGGUGGGUGGGUGUUCAUGCAAAGAUUGGUCCAAUCUAUAAAACAGUCACAGAAGUAGUUUGGGGUUUAUGUCAUGCUUUCUAAUAAUCUAGUGUGAUAGAAAAAACACUGAUGUCUAAUAUUAGUCUUGCAGAGUUUCUGCUGGUAGUGUUAUCUGCACUUAUGAAAGAAUCACCUGUAACUAGCCUGAUCUACAUGCAGUCUAUGAUUUGAUUCAACAUCAGGUUCUCUUCAGGCACAACACUAUAUCUUGGAUAACUUUAAGUGUUAAUGUUUCUCUUUUAAUUGAAAAAGAGAAGGAAUUUUACUAUAUCAGCUACUUCAGCAACUUUAGCAUUUCAUUCCUGUAAACUUGGGAGACUAAAAAGAGGGAGAAUAAUAAUAAUAUAUAUAAAGCAAUGCUGGAUUCUACAUUUCACAUUAUCCAACGAAUCGCAUGUUUCCAGUAGACUCAUUAGGGUUAGACUUUUGAAGAUCCUUCUAGAUUGUAACAUUCAGAAUGUUGUAUAAUGAGAAACAUGAGGAAAAGAGUGACCUUUUUGUGUAAAAGCAGUGCACUAUCCCUUUAAGCAUUGUUCAAAGAAGCAGGGAUUGUCAAUCCCAAGGGCACAUGUAAAUAGCUUUAAUGAAACAGACUCCUUGUUAGAAUUUGAACAGUUGCUGUUUUAACUCAACACAUGUAUAUCACAAGAGCAAGAAAAAAAGUGCAGAUCCAAUGAAAAGCUAUUUUCAACUCAUCCUGACAGGAAACAUCCUGGUUGAUCUCCCUGCACUCCGUUUUAGGCUUCAGUUUUACUGGGGCCUUAUGUGUGAGACGAUUAAAGCCACAUUUUGUUAAAAGUUGUGCCAGUUAUUAAUCUACAGUAAUUAUUUUCUAGGAUAUUUUGAAAGAUGCCAACAUGAAAUGAACCUACAGGAACAGUUAGUCUGCCCUUUGUGUACUGUUCAAGAUAUAUUAUGUGCAUUUUGAGUUGAUGUUAUUUUCCUUGCUGCCACAUGAAAUCCAGUCUUGGCAUUAUCUGUGAUAUAUUUUGAAGAGAUUUAUCAUGCUUUAGUUGUUAAUAAAUCCUCCUGUAAUAUGAAAGACAAUCUAGAUUUGGCUGUGUGAUGUGUAUGCUGCAGUAUUGUGUAAACUAACCAAUUAAAUUCUGUUAUACAGACAUGUUAAAAAAGCAUGAAAGCUUUUGUGCAAUAUGUAAAACUAGUUUGGCAAUUUUUCAUAGUAAAGUUUGUUUGGCUGUAAGAAGA